UGACGUGUGCCAUUCAGCAGCCACUGAUGUAUUUGCCAGAGCCAUAGAGAUAAAAAUUUGCCAAAAGUUCUAUUUCACAUUUUAUUCACCACUUUACUCUCACACAGUUGGGUGUCAGAACGCCCAAUUAUGGUUGCUAAAUGAAAGUUAUUCAGCUCACAGUUUUAACGGUAUUUUGACCGCGAGCCUUUUUUUUCUGGUAGCAUGCUAGGCUAAUGCUAGCUUAGCAUGCUAGGCAAAUCUGAACAGAGAGACUUUGAUGGAGAUCAUCCCAAAUUCAUGAUGGAGUUUAUUUAAAAGAUGUUCCUCUGAUUGAAGAUGUCUGAAGUCCAGAGGAUGAUGGCGUCAGAAAGCGAGUCAUCAGGACCUCUUACCCCCCUUUGUGCCAUCCAGCAGAUUAAACAGGAAAAUCUUGCCGAGGAUCAGAACUGGAGCCCCAGACUGAACCAGGAGGACCAAAAGCCACCAAAGUUAAAAGAGGAACGGGAGGAGGCUGAGAUUACUGAGUUCAUAUCCACUUUCGUACCUGUAAAGAAUGAAGAGAAACCUCAGCUCUCGGAGCUUCAUCAAUGCAAGGCCGAAGAGGACAGAGUCUCUGUGAGAACAGAACCAGACCCAGAUCAGUGUCUAGACUCAGGCAAUGAAGACAACCCUUCGGAUUCCUCAGAGACGGACGUCAGCGACGGAAACUGGGAGGAGAGGAGCGACCUGUUGGACAACAACUUUGCUAAAAGUGGCAAAGAUUCUGUAGACGAUACAGGAGAAAACGGGGAAUUACACACCUGCAGAGAGUGUGGCGAAAAGUUCAGCCUUAGGGUUUAUUUAGUAAGUCACCAGCGAAUCCACACAGGGGAAAAACCUUUCAGCUGCUCCAUUUGUCAGGAGGCUUUUAUAUGGAAACACGCCUUAAUGAAACACGUAAGCUCUCACAGCGAAGACAGACCAUUCAGCUGCUCCUUCUGCGGCCAGAACUUCAUAAAGAAAGGGUGGUUGAUUCAGCACACGAGGACUCACACGGGAAGAAUACCUUACAGCUGUUCCAUCUGUGGCUGCGCUUUCCUGUGGAAGCGCGAACUAGCAGAGCACACGCGAACCCACGGUGGAAAAAAAGCGUUCAGCUGCUCCGUCUGCAAGGCAACGUUUUCGAGCGAAAAAACCCUGUCGGAGCACUCGAAAAUCCACAGCGAAGAAAAACCCCACAGUUGCGCUUUUUGCUCGAUGGCCUUUAGAAGAAAAGCCUGCUUGAAGCGUCACUUAAGAACCCACAGCGGAGAAAAGCCUUUCAGCUGCUCGGUCUGCGGCAGGAACUUCAGGGUCAAGAUGAGCCUCGACCGGCACAUGAGGCGCCACACGGGGGAGAAACCUCACCCGUGCGCCACCUGCGGGGCUCGCUUUCAGUCGAAGCAGACGUUAGCGGAGCACGUAAGGAUCCACACGGGGGAGAAACCGUUCAGCUGCACCAUUUGUCCGGCAGCCUUCAGGAGAAAACGGGGCUUUGUGAACCACGCGAAAACCCACACGGAAAGAUUCACCUGCAAAGUGUGCGGCAAAAGCUUCGCCAAGGCUGCCAGUUUGGCUCGGCACCUGAAAUUUCACGACCGCGAGAGACCAUUCGGCUGCUCCGUCUGCCAGGUGGCGUUUAACAGGAAGUGCGACUUGUCGCAGCACGUGAUAAUCCACACGGAGGAAAGACCCUUCAGCUGCUCCGUGUGCAAGGCCUCCUUUAAGAGGAAAGAAAGCUUGAAGAUUCACAUGAGAAUCCACACAGGAGAAAAACCGUACAGCUGCGAGGGCUGUAGCAAGAAGUUUAAUCAGCUGUCCUGGGCCAGAGCACACCAGAAGCGCUGCUUGAGCUCACGCAUGGGGACGACCUGAUGUUGGCGUGAAAGCUGCAGACUAGCGGUGUUUCAUUCAGAUGUUUCUUGUAGAAAGUCUCUAACAGGUCUGUAGAGAUUGGCUCUAAUAGGGAAGAACAAGGUCGGAGGGACGGUCACCACUGCUGAUGUCCGAUGUAGAGGAGCUCCUGAAUAAGACCAAGGAGAUGACGGUCCAAUCCAGGAGGAAAAAAGGUGGAGCUUGUUCAGAAGCACCAGUCUCAAAACGUCAGGAAUUUCAUUUGAUCAUUUUCAAAGUCUGGAUUAGAACUGAAAAGUGAAAACGGAGGGAAUACAAGUUUCCAGACUUUACACCUUAAUCCAGAGGUCUUCAACAAUGGUCCUCAGGACCCACUGUCCUGCGUCUUUUAAGUGUGUUUGGUCCAGGUGAGGUGGAGCAGAAAGGCAUCGAAAACAUGCAGGACAGGACCAGGGUUGAAGACCCCUGGCUUUAUACAUCAUCUCAUAGCUAAAUGUGUGAAUUUCUGGAGAAAUGUAGUCAUAUUUACAUUAAUUUAGAUGUUUGUCCACCUCGUUGGUUAUGUUUUUUUUGUUUGACUGACAUAAAAAUAAAAUCCAAAAACUUUA